AUGGACACCUACGACUGCUACCGAGGCCGAACCAUCGGGCAGCAGCAGCAGCAGCAGGUGACUGCUCUCGCGGACGUGCCAACUAUAGAGUAUAGAGGAAGGCAUACCGCGCCGUUGUCGUCGUCUACUAGGGUGGCCCCUCAGCUGACAGAACCACGACCGGUGAAUCGGUUUGACCAGCGGAAGGGCGGUGGAAAGGGUAGUAAAGGCCGUAAGAAGGGCGGCAACAAGUCUAAUGCCAAUAAAACCCCUUUGGGACCGCGAAAGAUACCAGUCGACGGAGCGAAGCCAUCACAGCAGCAGGAGCAGCAGGGGAAGGAGGGAGUGGCUGUAGGCCGAGCGCCUCUAGGGGAACUGUGCGUUUCGGUAAAGGAGGGUCCCACUACUGCUGUGAAGGAGGAAGCCCCCAAGCUGGAUAGAGAGGCUAUGGCGGACAUGUACAAGCAGGCGAUGACACAGUCCGACGUCCCGCAGUGGAAGUUGGCUGUUGCGACAACAGAGGUGGUGGGGGGAGGAAAGAAUAAGACGGGACGUAACGAUGUUGUUGUCGAUCUGACUGGUGAUACUGGCGCUGUUAAGACUACCGCAAGUGAUACCCCCAUUGUUGGUCGCAAGGGGUCUGGAAGGCUACAGAAGGCCACUAAGCCCAAGUUCGCGCGUCGAUCACAGCAACGUCAGCAGCAGCAGCAGCAGUCCUUCCCUCCUCCCCCUCCACCACCACCGCCGCCGCCUCCUGGGGGAGAAGAGGCUGUAAUUACAACUCGUAUUGAGUACUCCGAGGAGAUGAAGGAGAUCUUACCACCACUACGAGUACACGAAAGCGAACAGAUCAUACAGCUGGCACGCGACAGUCGGUCGAGGUUCAGCCCUAGCAGUGCCAUGAUGGUGGGGAAGGAAAUGUGGGACUCGGGGAAGGAGUGUAAACAUCGGUUACAGAUCUACCCUCGAGGUUACUUCUAUGCUGGUACGGGGCAGGCCACUACCCCUCAAGACACUUGGCUAGCAGUCAAUGUGGUGGUUGAAGCGACCGAGCGUAGGAUGAUGCCUCUCAUCAUAGACGCCCAAGGCGAUCUCGUCAGGAUCACCAGGGGACUUCUGGCGGCUGCAUCCGGAAGGCUUAAGGCGACAAGUGAUGUUGUGGAUACCAAACUUGAAAUAUCGUUUACAUCGUCAUGGCUGAAGGCCAAGCAGGAAGUAGUCGACGCUAGACUGUCUGCUCAGCGGUUCGAGGAAGAGGAUAUGAACCGUGAGGCGGAGCGGGCUCGAGAGUUGGCCAGAGCCCAGGCAUUGGCUGGCUUGCAGAUGGCUACUCCCAACGGGACGCCAGUGUCGACUGAAUCAGCGGUGAAGUUGGUGGGACCGGAGGCAUGGACUUCUAGUAAUGCACGAAGCCCCGCUGCUCCUGUCAAGACACCCGAGUCAGCGGUUAAGGAAACGCCAGAGACUAAGUCUACUGACCAGGAGAAGGAAGGCUCUGGAUGGGAUCAUCUCAAUGCUACCGAGCCCAGUUCUUGGACGGCUCCUAAGAAGGACCAGGAGGCUGAUGGCUGGGGUCAACGGUUGAAGCAUUCGGCUGAGAAGCAUCGGGGAGAGGGGUCUAAGGACGACUGGGGGGAUGGGAAGAAGAAGUGGUGGUAUGAAUGGAAGUGGGACGAGUUGAAGAAGGAGUGGUAUAAAGAUUGGAAAGAAAUCAAGGAAGGGGAAGUAUCUGAUGAUGGAGGAGAUUGGGAAGACGUACGUCCCUGUGAGGGCUGCCAGUGA